AUGACGAGCCAAUGGUACUCGUUCACCGCAUCGUUUGGGAAAAUGUAUGGAAAAUCGAAACAGGGGUCAAAAAUCCUGCAGACAGAUAUCGACGUUUUUGUCCAGAAUGUGGUGAUGAAACAAAUCGUCGCUUUUAAGAUUGUUGAGACUACGGGAGUGUGGAAAGGCCAAAAGGAAGAUUCCUUCGACAUUGUUGUCCUGGACAAAAAUUUUGAGAAAAUGCAGGAAAUAAUGAAAGAAAUUUGUUCUCAGUAUACAAACAUGUUCUACCAAGAUGCGGUCAUGUUGGUUUAUGAGAAAGUCGACGCAGUAGAGUUCAUUGAAAAACGUUUUUAA